UCACCGUCACUACUUUUACAUUUUAAAGAAAGUAACUUAAGCACGACUCUCACAAGGAGGCUGAACGCACAACAGAAUACAUUUCGUCAUAUUCAUAAUCGUAAUCAUCGUAGAUUUAACCAAAUCACAAUAAAACACACGGUUAACGACUGUCCACGAAUAGGGCGGCAACACAGCAACACUAACUUGUUGCGCUCGCAGUGGUGCCAACGAACAAAAAAAAUACUGACAACAAAGUAAGAAAGACGCAUAGGUCCAUUUAAAUAAUAUCACUUUAAAAAAUCCAAUUUUCCUCUGUAAUUUUUAAUUGGUAACAGUUUUGGUUUUAAAAUUUUGGCCCCACAUGUAAAAUUACUAUAUAGACCACUUCAACUCAGUCGGUUUUCUGAACGCACCCAGUGACGGUUGGCGGUUUCCGUUCCCGCGGUUCGGACAGUUGGUUUCGGGUCACCUGAUCGAGCUCUAUCAUCAAAAUGUCGAGUUCAGAAUCCGACGCAAGUGAAUUUGAGGAUAUUAAACCUUUUUUCCCUUUGGAAGAAUGGAAGGACCUGUGUACCUAUGAGAAAAAGAGUUACCGCAAUGCUAAGGCAAAUUAUCACAACAUGCAGCUCUGCGGCCUAGCCCCAAAACCACCAGGGUUCAUGACUAGGAUACUCGCGCAGAAGCGCAAAGAGAAAAGUCAACAACGCCCACAGGCCAAGAAAGGGGCGAAGAAACCCAAAGGUGAGGAAGAGCCUAGUGACGAUGAGAAGGACCUGGACUGGUCUCCAACGAAAGAAAAUGCAAAGGGCCGACCCCAACCCCUGCAGCCGGACCGCCCUAAGGUUGCCCCGGUUCCGCCCCUACCGACGUCCGCCGCCGGCAAGGAGAACGUCGACCCGGUCGCCAGCACCAGCAGCAGCACCUCCUCGGUCAGGGCGAAGAACAAGCGCUGCGCCCCCCGCGCGCCCGCGUCCGCUGGAGUGCCUCUCGCAAACCGUGGUCCAUCCUCCUCGGCCGCUGCACCCGAGGCGCCGCGGCCGACGACGCGCUACCCCAAGCGGGCGGGCAGCCGCAGGUCCUACGUGGAGCCCGAGCUGCAGGACGAUGACGACUUCCUCUUCUGCGAUGACUGCCAGAAGGAGUGGGACGGCGACUGCCCCGUCCACGGAGCCCUGGAGAUCAUUGCGGACACUGAGGUCGCCGUCGGACACCCCGAGCGGGCCUUGCUCACGGUGCCGCCCCAGCUCGUCAUCGAGGCCAGCAAGAUCCCGGGGGCGGGGCGCGGCGUGUGGACCCGGCAGGCGGUGCCCAGGAGGGUGCGCUUCGGGCCGUACGAGGGCGACAACGUGCCGGCCAACAAGGAGACGGGCUACGGCUGGGAGAUUCACCGUGGCGGGAAGGCCACCCACUGCGUCGACGCCCUGGACAUGGCCAAGUCCAACUGGAUGAGGUUCGUCAACUGUGCGCGUCACUCCGGGGAAGAGAACCUGUACCCGUACCAGUACAAGGGACACCUCUACUACCGGGUGGUGCGCGACAUCCCGCCGAACACGGAGCUGCUGGUCUGGUACGGGGACUCGUACGGCAAGGAGCUCGGCCUCGACCCCAAGCUCUACAAGGACCCUACGCAGGACACGCGAGCACUCACCGGCAUCUUCCCGUGCGGCGCGUGCGGCCUCUGCUUCGUCAGCCCCCUGCUGGUGGCCCAGCACCACCGCGUCGGCGUGUGUAGUGCGGAACUGAGGCGGCGGCAGGCCUGUGGCGCUGGCGCCGUGCUCGGCGGCGGCCGGGCGGAGGGCGAAGAGCAACUCGGAGGGGACCAGGGCGCUCCAACCGGGGCCGGCAGCGCGGACAAGCCUCACCGCUGUGCCACCUGCGGGGCCGGCUUCAGGACCCAGUGGAACCUCCGCAGACAUACGAGGACACACACUGGUGAGAAACCCUUCAGUUGUGAAAUCUGUAGCGCUAGCUUCAAGGAAAGGUCCAAGUUACGCACACACAUGAGGACACACACUGGUGAAAAACCCUACAGUUGUGAAAUCUGUAGCGCUAACUUCUCUGGAGCUAGCAGGUUACGCACACACAUGAGGACGCACACUGGUGAAAAACCCUUCAGCUGUCAAAACUGUAGCGCUACCUUCUCUAGGGGUGACCACUUACGCGCACACAUAAGGUCACACACUGGUGAAAAACCCUACAAAUGCCAAAUGUGUAGUGCUAGCUUCUCUAUGAAUUGCAACUUAAGUACUCAUAUGAGGACACACACUG